AUGUAUUUCACCAUUUUGCUAUGUGACACCAAAUCGGACAGUAUAACGAUACCGUCUAGUGAUAAGGGUCCAACAACGGAAAGAUUUGAAAAACUGUUACCACUUGUGUUUUCCCCUUUGGCAUUUUUCUCGGUUGUCAUUAAUGAGAGUAAUACUACCAUCAAGUGUGAUGCACUGCACAGUUUGAGAGCUAAUUUAGUUGAUCCAAAUAAUGUCUUGCAAAGCUGGGAUCCUACACUUGUUAACCCUUGUACUUGGUUUCAUGUAACGUGCAACAACGAUAACAGUGUUAUAAGAGUCGAUCUUGGGAAUGCAGACCUGUCUGGUCAAUUGGUUCCCCAGCUUGGUCAGCUCAAGAACUUGCAGUACUUGGAGCUUUAUAGUAAUAACAUAACCGGGCCGGUUCCAAGUGAUCUUGGAAAUCUGACAAACUUAGUAAGCUUGGAUCUUUACUUGAACAGCUUCAUUGGUCCCAUUCCAGAUUCUCUGGGAAACCUCUUCAAGCUGCGCUUUCUCCGGCUCAACAAUAACAGUCUUACCGGACCAAUUCCCUUGUCAUUGACUAAUAUCACGACUCUUCAAGUUUUGGAUCUGUCGAACAACCAAUUAUCUGGAUCCGUUCCUGACAAUGGGUCCUUCUCCCUUUUCACUCCCAUCAGUUUUGCUAAUAACUUGGGUUUAUGCGGCCCAGUUACUAGCCGUCCCUGUCCUGGAUCUCCCCCAUUUUCUCCUCCUCCACCUUUUAUACCACCUCCCACAAUUCCUACACCAGGUGGAUAUAGUGCUACUGGAGCUAUUGCAGGAGGAGUUGCUGCUGGUGCUGCUUUGCUAUUUGCUGCUCCUGCUUUAGCUUUUGCUUGGUGGCGUAGAAGAAAACCUCAAGAAUUCUUCUUUGAUGUUCCUGCCGAGGAAGACCCGGAGGUUCACUUGGGGCAGCUUAAGCGGUUCUCACUACGAGAACUGCAAGUAGCAACGGAUAGCUUCAGCAACAAGAACAUCUUGGGUCGAGGUGGGUUUGGAAAAGUCUACAAAGGCCGUCUUGCUGAUGGAACACUUGUGGCAGUAAAACGGCUUAAAGAAGAGCGCACCCCAGGUGGUGAGCUUCAGUUUCAGACAGAAGUGGAGAUGAUAAGCAUGGCCGUUCACAGAAAUCUCCUCAGACUACGCGGUUUCUGUAUGACCCCUACCGAGAGAUUGCUUGUUUACCCUUACAUGGCUAAUGGAAGUGUUGCUUCCUGUUUGAGAGGUAACCUUAGAAUCUUGACUGUU